GGUGUCUGUUUUGGGCGGCGAGAGCGGCUGGAAGGGAGGCAGGGCAGCGGCAGGAGGCAGGAGCGCGGCGAGCGCAGCGGGCAGAGAAUGGCGGUGAGGCGGCGGCAGAGGCUUGGGCCGGGCGGCGGGCGAGCGCUGCUGGGCGCGCUGCUGCUGCUGCUGUGCGUGUGGUGCCGGGCGGCGGCCGAGCGGGUCCGCUACGCCAUCGCCGAGGAGCUGGGCAGAGGCUCGCUCGUGGGGCCGCUGGCGCGGGACCUGGGGCUCAGCGCGGACGAGCUGCCGGCGCGCAAGUUGCAGGUGGCGUCUGGCGGCAAGAAGCAUCUGAAAUACUUCAGGGUGAAUGAGGAGAACGGGAACCUGUACGUGAACGAGAGGCUGGACCGGGAGGAGAUGUGCGGCGAGUCGGCGACCUGCUCUGUCAGCUUCGAGGUGCUGGUGCACAACCCGCUGAACGUUUUCCACGUCGAGGUGGCGAUCGAGGAUCUGAAUGACCACUCCCCAGUCUUCAGCAAGUCUGUUCUGGACCUCGAGAUCGGUGAAUGGACGCUUCCCGGUUCUCGUUUUCCUCUGGAAAAUGCCCGAGACGCUGAUAUGGGAACCAACUCGUUGCUGACUUACCAGCUCACCAGCAACCCUUCUUUCUCACUAUCCAUGAAGGAAAAGCCGGGUGGAAAAAAGCAGCCGGAAUUAGUCCUGGAGAGAGUUUUGGACCGAGAGAAGCAGAAUUCCUUUGAGCUGGUGCUGAUGGCGUUGGACGGUGGGGACCCUGCCAGGUCCGGGACUGUCCAGGUUCGCAUCAACGUGACAGACGCCAACGACAACCCACCCGUGUUCAGCAAAACUCUCUACGAGGCGAGAGUAUCCGAGAAUCUGCCAGCGGGGUCUCAAGUGCUGCGGGUGGUGGCCACAGAUGCAGAUGCAGGCUCCAAUGGGCGGGUGUCCUACUCCUUUGGCAACGUCCCGGACACCGUCAGAGCGUUGUUCGCUAUAGACAGCGAAAGCGGCGAGAUAAUGACGUCCGGACCCCUCGAUUUCGAGGAGAAGAGUAAAUACAUAUUCGGACUGGAGGCGACGGACGGAGGCGGGCUCACCGAUCACUGUGAAGUACAGAUCGAUAUCACGGACGAGAACGACAACGCGCCAGAGAUCACCAUUCUGUCGCUGUCGAGCCCAGUGCCUGAAGACUCCCUAGUCGGCACCGUGGUGGCCGUGCUGAAUGUAAACGACCCGGACUCCGGCGAGAACGGUCAGGUGUCGUGCGAGCUGUCGGGAGAGGCGCCGCUGUCGAUCGUGGCGUCGUCGGGCGGCUCGUACAAGGUGGUGACAUCGGGCGCGCUGGACCGCGAGCAGGCGUCGGAGCACCGCGUGACGGUGGUGGCCCGGGACCGGGGCAGGCCGGCGCUGCGGAGCAGCCGGGAGCUGGUGCUGGAGGUGUCGGACGUGAACGACAACGCGCCGGUGUUCGAGGAGGCGGCGUACAGCGCGUACGUGGCGGAGAACAACGCGGCGGGCGCGCUGGUGCUGCGCGUGCAGGCGCGGGACGCGGACGCGGGCGCCAACGGGCGCGUGAGCUACUGGCUGGCGGGCGGCAGCGCGGGCGCGGCGGGCGCGGCGCCGCUGGUGUCGGUGGAGGCGCGGAGCGGCGCGCUGUACGCGCAGCGCUCCUUGGACUACGAGCAGUGCCGCGAGUUCACGGUGGCCGUGCGGGCGCAGGACGGCGGCUCGCCGGCGCGCAGCUCCACGGCCACGGUGCGCGUCUUCGUGCUGGACCGCAACGACAACGCGCCCAGGGUGCUCUGGCCCGCGGCGGCGGGAGAGGCUGCGGGAGGGGCGGCGGCGGCGCCUUUCGAGGUGGUUCCGCGCUCGGCCGAGGCCGGCUACCUGGUGGCCAAGGUGGUGGCGGUGGACGCGGACGCGGGGCGCAACGCGUGGCUGUCGUACGCGCUGGUGCAGGCGUCGGAGCCGGCGCUGUUCCGCGUGGGGCUGCACAGCGGCGAGGUGCGCACGGCGCGCGCCGUGGGCGAGCGGGACGCGGCCAAGCAGCGGCUGGUGGCCGUGGUGAAGGACCACGGGCAGCCGGCGCUGUCGGCCACGGCCACGCUGCACGUGGUGCUGGCCGAGAGCUUGCAGGAGGCGCUGCCGGAGCUGAGCGAGCGGCCGGCGGGCGCCGAGGCGGCGGCGGCGGCGGCCGAGCUGCAGUUCUACCUGGUGCUGGCGCUGGCGCUGCUCUCGGCGCUCUUGGUGCUGAGCGUGGCGCUGGCCGUGGUGGCGCGGCUGCGCCGGGCCGGGCCGCCCGCCGUGCUGCGCUGCCUGGGCGCGCAGCGCUUCUCGCUGGCCGGCGCCGCCUUCCCGGCCGACUUCUGCGAGGGCACCUUGCCCUACUCCUACAACCUGUGCGUGCCGCCGCCCGCCCGCGCCGUGCCCGAGGCCGCUUGGCCGCCGCCGCCGCCGGUGCCCAUCCUGUCGGCGGAGAAACUUCUGGGCGGCGAUUCUGUCGGGAAGCCGAGCCCGGGCAGUACCGCCGUGACGGGAGAGCCGCCGGCUGAGUGCAGAAAUGACAGCUUUACAGAGCUGGCAGGAAAGUUUCGGUGGCGAAUGUCCCCUCACCGCGAGCUGUCCGUGGGCGAGGCUGGGCGGGCAGCGCUGGGCAGCGCUCGGUGCCUGCAGUGCCGGGAGGAGGCUGCGGGCGCCGCUGUUGACCGAGAGGAGCGAGAGGAAGCUCGGAGCGCUGCCGGCAGCCCCGCCCGCUGCGGAUCGGCUCACUCGGUCGCUCGCUUGGUAUCAGGCUCGGCGCCGGGCGGUCUGCGAGCGUCCCUGCGGUGCGGAGCCGUUCUGCAAGGAGGCAGAAAAGCCGGCGAGAGCACCAGGGAGCGGCGAGUCGGAGAAUGA